AUGCUCCGACAUCCUCUCUACUGGCUUUCCGCAAUCGCGACGCUGGCUCUGGCCGCACCGGCUCAUGUUGCUCGACAAGCAGACACGUACCCCUGCACCGAUGGGGUCUUCAUCCUCGGAGCCCGCGGUGCUGACAGCUCAAUGAUCAGCCCGAUAGGCGUGAGCCCAAAUUACCAGGAUCUUGAAGGACUGGAAGUCAUCGCCAACGCGCUUAUCCAGCACGUUGGCAAAGGUUCCUAUCUUCGGGCCCUACCGUACGCUGCGGCAAUAGAACCCGGUGUGGAUCUGCUCAAUAUCGGCGGAGGCGUGGACAAGGCGCAGUCGAUCAUCAAGGACUAUGUUGGCCGUUGCACGAAUCCGAGAAUUGUCUUGCUUGGGUUCAGCACAGGUGCUCAAGUCAUGACUUCCACUCUCAUCGGAGGCCAACUGCGUGGAAACCUGGAUGCAUACAAGCAAUACAUCACUGCUGGAGCACUCUUUGGCGACCCAUCUUUCACAGCUAAUGUCGAGCCCCUGGAUGCUGGUAAUUCUACCACGUCCGGAGCCAGUGCCAGAAGUGCGAGCGAUGCGGCCUACUACAACCAAAACUAUGGCAGCAAACUCCGGAACUAUUGCCAAGCGGGAGAUGCGGCCUGUGCCAAUGGUGGUCUGGGCGAUGCGGCGGUCGCCAUCCAUUUGGCUGCGAUUCAGACCUAUCAGCAAGAUGCUAUCAAUUUCUUGACGUCGAUUGUCUCCUAG